UCCCACACAUAAUGAAUGAUGACAGUUUGUGUAUGGAUAUGGCUGCGUUUAUCACUCUGUAUCGAGUUACUGUCGCGACACUAUAUUAGUUGGCCGUGUCAUAAGGUCUAGUUAGUUCUCUCUGUCAUAGAUGUCCUCGAAAAUAGACUGUUGAAACUUUGUACACGGUACAGACAAUUUUGUAUCAAAUCUAAUUGAAAGGUUGAUCCGGAGAGCCUAGUGUGACCUACUGAGAUAGCCAUGGAAGGAUACGAUGCCAAGUUUGAACCAUCUCUCAACAAGAGAUUGGAGUGUCCUAUCUGUCUGUUAGCCUUGCGAGAGCCCAUGCAGACACCUUGCGGACACCGAUUCUGCUCCCCUUGUAUUACACGAGCUCUUGGUGAGACUGGCAAGAGAUGCCCAGUGGACAACAUGGCAGUGGAGCAUCAGCAACUCUUCAAGGACAACUUUGCCAAGAGAGAGGUGCUCUGUCUCAACGUGUUGUGCUCAGCUAAUGAACACGGCUGCUCUUGGCACGGGGAACUGAGAGACUUACAGAGUCACUCGCAGCUGUGUGAGCUGAUACAUAUAGAGUGUCCUCACCAAUGUGGCCAUUCUGCUCAGAGGAAGUUCAUAUCCUCCCACCUUCUCUCCUGCCUCAACAAGCCGCAGCUUUGCCCUCAGUGCAGUGUUGCUUUUAUCCUGAACAAGUUGGAGGAACAUCGCUUACACUGCUCCAAGCUCAAGGUCCCUAAGUCUAUCCUCAGUGAUAUUUCAGUGGCCAACGAGGUGCUCAAAUGGACUGGCCACAUCAAACUAAAGAUAAAUAAACACCAAGGGACUGCCCCUAACUUUCCCUUCACUGGCUACCUCACGGCCAAGGAUGAGACUCAGGAGUCCUACAUGUACACUGGAAACUGGUGCAGCCAACUGAAUGUGAUGACACUCAACUCGGGAGCAGCCCAGGUGUUCCAGGACACUCUCAAGAGCCCUGAGGUUGUCUCCUACCACUAUUUCUUCCAGUUCCUGGUCAAGGAGAGGAGCAACGUCUUUGUCAACUUGCUUAAGGGGAAGUCAGGAGACCAGGGUGCUGCAGUGGGCCUGCAUCUGAAGAGCAGUAAUAGUCGACAAGACCUCACUGUUCUAUACUUCCACUGGAGUGAGUCAAAGAAGAGAGUUCUGGCCACAGUUGCUGACCUCAGCAGUCACACAGUCCGUCAGAUCCACGCAAAGCUCCAGUCUCUACAGCAAAAUUCUCGCAGGGGAAGGAAUUCUGGCUCUCACUCUCGAGGUGGUCAAUCAUCUCGCUCUCACCCCCCAUCAAUGGCCGACCACCGUCAACACCACCAGUACCACCAUCGAGGCGUCUCCAUCAGAAACGCCCCACACCCUCACAUGCACCACCAGCUCCACGCACCACCGACCACCAUCCUACCACACCUCCUCUCAUGGCAGACGUCACAGAGCUUUAACACAUACCCAUGGGGGGUCCAAAACAGUGUCCCUUUCUUCACGUUCCCCUCAACCCCCCCACAAUAUCUACCGGCCAAUUCGUACCCCUACACUUUUGCCCCCCUCCCCGCCGCUCCGUUCUCCAUGCAACCUGUCGUCACACAUGGUCUCCCCAUCCCAAUGACUAAUGAGCACGUCCCCGUCGCCGUUACCCUUGGCAACCCGAACCCCAGUGCCGUGGUCAGUGUGAAUGUCAUCCAACAACCAGUAAUACAUGGACCAACGCAAGAUUCGGCUCCCAAUCAGGAUCUCAUUAUUCACAGCCUCGGCCCCACCCACCAGCACUUUCAAACCGCACAUGUCGCUCCCAUGCCUCUGGUUCAUACUGAGCGGGGGGUGAUUCAAAACAGACCGUCUGUGGCUCUUCCGCCGGCUCACCUGAUCUCCUUGGAACAGCCUGCUGGUAUGAACAUUGGAAUGGCUAUGAGUCAACCUACAGUGAAUAGUAAUGCUGACUCAACAAGAAUGUGGGUGCAGUCGGACAAUGGACCAGGACCAUCGAAUCGUCGGCAGCUUAUUGCUCAUUCUGACAGCAGUGGCUCCGUAUCGAGCUCUCCUCGCGAUAGCCUCUCCCCCAUGUUCUACCAGGAUAGUGACACACUGGACACUCCCCCGAUGAUGGAGUCACCACAGGUCAUUUUCCAGGGGAUAUCAUCACAACAUGACUCCUCUAGCAGCUCAAAUGGCUCUCCACUGCGAACGCUGGCAACAGCUGCUUUGGGACUUGUUGAUUCACCCACCAACGAAGCGGGUGGCCCUAUGACGUCAAACUUGUCCGAUAGGGGGGGACCCCUACGAUUACCCGUGCUGAUUAAUAUCUCUGACUCGGAAAUGGGCUCUAAUACGUCUUCUGUGAUUGACUUAACGUCUUCCCCGUCUGCACACAUCACACACAGCACACCGUCCGCGUCUAUGUCACCUGGAGCCAGCGGCAGCGGAGCUCCUCCAAUGCUUGUCCCAGUUAUACAUGAACGAGAAGUUAACAGUCGAAGAACUCUCACUUUUGACCAAGAUAAUGCACAACGAAGAUACGCCGAGCCCUCGUUGGCUAUCCCACCUGGAAGUAUCCUAGCAAAUGCGCCUCAAGCCAUGCUGAGGGGCGGUGUGCUCAACAGAGCUCAUCAUCCAUCCUCACACCCGUUAGUAGCGACUGUGGCUCGUCCCAACACUCUACCUCCGGGCAUGGCAGCCAUUCCCACUGGCAACAUGCAACUACUGGGCUGGCAGCCUACGUUUGAAGCCCCACCCAAUCAACCACACCCCCAGCCACCCCCUGACGUUUCAAUGGGUGGUCAUCUGAACAUCCUUGUUCCUCCGAGUGUGGUGUCUGGUCAGUCGUUCUCCCCUGCUGUGAUCCCCCACCAACCGUCCAGGGGGGAGUUCUGGGAGAGAGUCAUGCCAUCACUAGACAUGACACUGCAGAAUGGUGGGAUGGACCCUCGGUCCAACCAGUAGUGACUCCAUGGCCUCCUAUAGAAUGGACAAAUUCUUUCCUAGCCUACUACCCUCAUUCAAUAAUAAUAUUAUGUGAUCUCUCGUGCACUGUUUUUUUCUUUCAUCACAGUCAUGUUGUUUAAUUAAUAAUUGUUGCGUUUGUAAAGCAGGUUUGUGAUUACGUUCACUUUGAUAA